AUGAAGAAUCUAAAUUUCAACAAGUCAAGUGACUUGUCCAAGGUCUCACAGCUUGUUGUGGCGACAUGGCGCACCAAGAAGGUCAGAAUCGUGGGUAAAUAUGGGACCCAUUACGGUGCCUCCCUCAGGAAAAUGGUGAAGAAAACUGAAAACAGCCAGCAUUCCAAGUACACUUGCUCCUUCUGUGGCAAAGCCAAGAUGAAGAGACGAGCUGUGGGCAUUUGGCACUGUGGCUCCUGCAUGAAAACAGUAGCUGGUGGUGCCUGGACCUACAACACCAUUUCUGCCGCCACAGUAAAGUCUGCCAUCAGAAGAGUGAAGGAAUUGAAGGACCAGCAGAAGGGCCACCAUUUGAAACACUGCUAG